AUAAUUAAUGCAGAUCACUAUUUGAAGGUUAAGUUAAUCUAUAAAUUUGCAAAAAUUUUGAUAUUUCAGUUUAGUUCUUUUUCAAAACUUCUGGUGACAAGUUCCAAGUGUAAAAAUGAUAGUUUUAAUAAUUUUAAUUUUUUCCAUAUUAUUUUGGAUUAUUAAAUAUUUUUGGGACCAUAGAAGAUUCUACUAUCUUGCAUAUAAAAUUCCAACAAGUUCGUUCGACUAUUCAUUUAGUGGAAUUUACAAAUUCUUCACAGCAGAUAACAAAACUAUGUUAAAUAUUUUAAAUGAAAUUUUAAACAACGAAAAUGAAAUCGUAAAGAUUUGGCUUGGUCAUAUUUUGCUAGUAGUUGCAAAUAAUCCAGAUGAUAUAAAGACUAUUUUUAAUGCCAAGCAGUGCUAUGAUAAACCUAGUUUUGUUAAAGUUUGUGCUAAAAUCGAAAAAGGCUCACUUUUUGGAUACUUAGAAUAUUGGCGAUCACAUCGAAAAGUUAUGAAUCCAUUCUUUGGACUUCAAGGAUUGAAGGCAUUGAUUCCAAUUUUUAAUGACAAGUCAAAAAUUUUUAUAAAAAAUCUUGAAAAAAUGAUAGACAAGGAAGCUUUCAAUAUUUUCCAUAACAUGACAGCUUUGACUUUAGAAACGAUCUUAAAAGUCAUGGAAUAUGAUGUGGAUAUACAGAAUCAAGAAUCCAAAACUCGAGAUGUGUUUAUCAUGAAUUUAGAUACGUCUAAUUGUGCUAUGGCCUUUACAAAUGACAUAGUUCAAUAUGUUCGUAAUAAAACCAACAACAAUGAAGACGAACAGCAUAAAAGCUUUAUUCAAGCUAUGGUAAAUCCAAGAAAUGAUUUUACUGAUGAUGAAAUUAAAGAUGAAGUGCACUCAAUUGUUCUGGCUGGUCAAGACACAUCAGCAAUUGCAUCUUCCAUGACACUUUUGGUGCUUGCAGUAUUUAAGGAUGUUCAGCAAAAAGUUGUAGAUGAACUGUAUCAAGUAUUUGGAAAAACACGAGACACUCCAUACAUUGAAUUUGAAAAUGUGAAUGAACUUGUUUACCUUGAAAUGGUAAUUAACGAAGUAAUGAGACUCUACCCGGUGGUUCCAUUCGUAGUUAGACAAGUCGAUGAAGAAAUAGUUCUCGGUCAUAAAUAUACAAUUCCAGUCAAAGCAGCAGUUGUUGUUCCAAUCAGUAGAGUUCAUAAGAAUAAGAAGUACUGGGGCGAUGAUGCAGAAGAAUUCAAUCCAGAAAGGUUCAGCAAAGAGAACAUCUCCAAGAUUCAUCCUUACGCUUUUGUACCUUUUGCAAAAGGUCCACGCAUGUGCCUUGGUUAUCGAUAUGCAAUGAUGUUGAUGAAGAUUCAGCUUGCCAACUUUCUGAUGCGUUAUGAAGUUGAUACGGAUUUAAAGCUUAAUGAAUUGGAGUUUUGUUGUCAUGUGACAAUGACUGUGUGUCAGGGAUAUAUGAUUAAGGUUAGGAAUAGAAAAUGUUAG